AAUUAAAAACAGUGGACAAAAUCAGACGACUGUAUAAAUGUAUAAACAAGUUUUGUUUAUUUAUAAUAGCAAAGCACGAGACGAGUUUUACGGGUUUGAAACACAUUUACCAACUUCGAUAAAUGGAUAAGACUGUAAAGAAUAAGCUGGUAUGAAUGUAGAUAUAUAUGAUACAGAAGAAUAAGAUGGGGAUUCCCACAUUGCUGCCCUUGCUUUCUAUAGCUGUGCUACACAUAACAGAUGUGAAAAGUUCAGAAAUAAGUCUAACAACUAAAAUCGGAAGUUUAAACGGCAUAAUUGAAAAUGUGGAAUUAAACGGUGACACUAAAAAUGUAUCUCAAUUUCUUGGUAUUCCAUUUGCAAAGCCACCAAUCGGUGAAAGACGAUUUCUCAGACCUGAAGCUUACGGCACAUUAGCAUCGCCAUAUAAUGCCACGUUCUUCAGGCCACACUGCAUGCAGAGUGCAGUUUUGAAUCCGUCUAUCAAAUACUUUCAAAUGAGCGAAGAUUGUUUGCAUUUGAAUGUUUUCAUUCCCGGUAAUACAGUGUCGUCUGAUACGAAGUAUGCAGUGAUGAUAUUUAUACAUGGCGGUGGAUUUACGUACAGCGGUUCGGAAAUAUUUUCGGGUGACAAACUGAGUGCAUUUAACAACGUUGUUGUUGUGACAAUAAACUAUCGUCUGAAUACUUUUGGAUUUUUAAGUAACGGCACAAAAUCCUCUGGUAAUUUGGGCCUGUGGGAUCAAAGACUCGCACUCCAAUGGGUUCACAAAAACAUUGCAGACUUUGGUGGGGACCCAGAGAAAGUCACUUUAUUUGGUAAUUCAGCAGGUGCGGCCAGUGUUUUGUAUCAAGUUAUGAAUCCUACAAACAAAGGACUGUUCCGGCGGAUUAUAACGCAGAGUGGCUCAGUAGCGGCUCAAUGGGCACGGCAAUAUAAUCCGGCUGAAAAGUUUAAACAAUUUAUUUCAGAAAUCAAAUGUGACAGAGACAAAUACGAUGACAUUCUUGUUUGCCUUCAAUCAAAGGAAGCUGCAGAUCUGGUAACAACCCGUUUCACUCCAGUAGUAGACAACGAUUUCGUCAUGGAAGACCCUGUUGCAAAAUUUUCUAAACAAGGUAAUGGCAUACCUGUAGACUUGGAUUUCUUUUCCGAGGUUGACUUUCUAUCUGGAGUACAGAGUAAAGAUGGUGCAUUAGAUAUAAAUAGGAGAGCGGAACAAUAUAAAAAGUUUGGUAUAGACUUACCAAACGGGGUACCACGAAGUGCUUUUGAAAGUAAGAUUGUCCCGUCAUUGCUGUCCGAAGUAUAUGGUUCUACAGAACCACCAGUUUUGAAACAAGCCGUCAUACAGCAAUACAUCGACUGGUCUAAACCUGAUGAUGCUACGUUAAUAAGAGACAAAAUCGUCGACUUUUUGUCGGACGUCUAUUUCUUUGUACCUGCUAUAAAAGUACUGAAGAAACACCGAUCGGUGAGGAAAACUAACAAAACGUCAUAUUUUUAUGUCUUUGAUCAUAAACCGUCAUUGGACUUCACAAAUCUUUGGUUGAAAGGUUCAAACCAUGCCAUGGAGUUACCUUAUGUAUUCGGACUUCCAGAUGCCAUGAAAGUUGCGGCAGGUUUGCCUCCGGGUUCGCCAAUAACACUUCCCCCGGCUGAAAUGAAACUUUCUAGUGUCGUCAUGAAAUUGUGGACCAACUUUGCAAAAACAGGUAAUCCAAACUUACCGACGAAGGAUGACGUCCAAGAAGUGCCCUCUUGGCCACAGUAUGAUGUCAAUUCGCAGUCCUAUUUGGAGUUUUCGUUAAAUAUGACGGCAGAGUCCGUGAAAAACCACUUUUCUGGAUCAAGGAUAGAAUUCUGGACAACUCUUGUUCCGUUGUUAGAGAAUUGUAACACAUGCGGCGAUCAGAAUUGCUCUGACUCUCGGCAGACUUCACAAGCACAUUCUUUAUCAAAACUCGCUUCAGUACAUGUAGCUAUCUUACUGUUUGUCCAAAUGUUCAUAUGUAUGAUGAAUUUUAUGUAGUUUUUGUUUGUCUUCACUAUUUCCCCUGUUGUUCCCUUUUAGAUGACUCUCCUUCUUCUUCUUCUUCUUCUUCUUCUUCUUCUUAUUAUUAUUAUUAUUAUUAUUAUUAUCAUUAUUAUUUUUAUUAUUAUUACUAGUAUUAUUAUUAUUAUUAUUAUUAUUAUUCAAACAUUUAGUCACUUCGCUAUAGUUUUAUUAUACCUAGACCAGAAUAAAACAAAUGUGUUGAAGGUAAUGUUUGUCGAAAGACUUAAGAAAAGGAUCAUUCGGCCAGAUGUAGACUAUAUGCAUUAACAAUAUAAAUUGAAAGGACAUUAUCAGUAGAAAAUUCGACAAUUACUUUACUCUUUAAUUUUUAAGGUAUUUCUUUAAAUCAUAAAAAGUUUGCCAUGUUUGGUAAUUUGUUAAAUUAAUGUAUAAGUAAAGAUGAACUAUAAUAUGAAAAAAACAUAUUUCUCCAUAAAAAUGUGUGUAUGAACCAACAAAUUCGUUACAUUUCUGGUGCCAUGAUUUGUUAUCUGUAUUUCUGUAAUGUCAUUCUAACGAUAUAACCACGAACUUUUUUAUUUGUGCAUUUAUUGCUAUUACAAUUAAUAAAAAGUGUGUUGUCUGAAUACACGUCUUGACAUUUUGAAAAGUUUGACUUUUAUAAUAAUAGAAAUACACUUUAUUUAUAGAAAUGAUGCCUUAAAUCUACAAAUGUGUUUUCAAACCUGUAUGUUAUCAUACAUAUCAGUAAUUAAAUAAAAUACAACAUACCUUAUCGUUGUAGGAGGGUAUGAGCUGCUUAUGAAAUAUAAAAAUCAACAAUUUUCUCUUUAAAAGUACAAACUGUAAUUGUUUUAGCAAACAAAAAUGAUAAAUAAUGAUAAAACACAAUAAACUGUCGACAAUAA